AUGUCUCAAUCAGAAGUGAAAAAGGAUCAACAGCUGGAAGACAAAGAGAUCCCAACGAAAGCUACGUUGAUAGAGGAGAUCAGAGAGAGAAUGGGAGGAGUGAAGAAAACAGUGGACGCAUGCAUCUAUAAAGUUCCAAGUAAACUUCGAAAAGUGAAUGAGGAUGCCUACAAUCCACGCGUCGUCUCAAUUGGACCUUACCAUCAAGAAAACCCUGACCUCGUAGAUGCUAUGAAAGAGCAUAAAUGGCGUUACAUGAUAAGCUUUCUUCAGCAAACAAAUAUUCCUCAAGAGUCUAAGGAAUGCUUGGAACGCUGUGUUGAUGCUAUUUAUGAGUUAUGUGGCGAGGCUCGUCAAUGCUACUCCGAAACUAUCAAAUACAACGAGAAUGAGCUCGCAAAAAUAAUGUUACUUGACGGUUGCUUCAUAUUGGAACUUUUCGUCAGGUGCCAUACCAAUGUAGAAGUAAACAAAGAUGGCCAACCUGAUCCAGUACGAAAGUCUGCUUGGUUGAUCACAGCUCUUCAGCAUGUCCUGGGAUUACUUGAGAACCAGAUCCCCUUCUUUAUUCUGGUUCGUUUGUAUGAGAUUGUCAAGCCUCGUGCCACGAAGAAUUACUCCGUCGCUAGCCUUGCUCUCAAGUUCUUUGACCCUUUGAGCCGAAAGCCAAGACCUGACGAAAAGGAUCAGCUGGAAACAGACUUCAAGCAUUUACUUGAUCUCUUGCACAAAUUCUACUUCCUCACAGAUGUAUCAGUACCUAGUGUGGUGCUCAACAAUAUUACUGAGGAACAAACUAGUUCAUGCCUUUCUGAACCUGAUUAUACAUCGAGCAACAAGUGGGGAUUCAAGUAUUGCACUUCUGAACUUUUGGAGGCUGCAAUCGAGUUUCAAAUUCCGGCUUGGGACGACAACAAAUUGUUGAACAUAAAUUUCGACAACGGAGUCCUGAGCAUUCCCCAAUUGAUCAUUACCGACGCAUCGAGUUCAGUGUUGAGGAACCUCAUUGCCUUCGAGCAGUACGGUGUUAGCAGUACAAUGGAGUUACAUCGUACGCAUUCCUUCUGCAGAGUCUCAUAA